CUUUCACACAAUGUCAUUCUAUUAACCAGGGUUCUUCCACGACGGCAAACAAUAUUUUCCCGAUAUUCAGGUCUUCCCACUGACAAACCCAUAUUGCAUUGAUCAAUCAAAACACAACACUAACAGUACACCCCACCAUCCAACCUCUACCUAUUCCAUAACAGACAUUUUAUUUAUAUAACGACAAUCCUGCUCCUUCCUUCCUCCCCCUCCGUCUUCUACUUCUCCCUUCAUUUCCUUCUCCAAUCUCAUUAUUAUUGCCUUUCAUCCUUUUGGGAGAGAUAAAAUAAGUACCAGUGAAGUACUGGGGUCGAUGUAAUCGACUUAUCCCCUCCCCCUGAAAUAGCUGGCGUUGUGCCAAAAUUAUUAUCAUCAUCAUCAUCAUUAUUAUCAUCAUCAUUAUUAUUAUUAUUAUAUGCCCGGGAUUACAUAUUCAGGAUUUAUCACAGAGGAGGAAAUUUCUACGAAGUGAAGAACGAGUUGUCCCUUUUUUUUUUCUUACCAAAGGUAUAACAAGAACUGCAGCUCCUGGAACGCACGCACAACUUCCACACACAUUCACACACAUACAUACACAUACAUACACAUACACACAACUCCCCCCCCCACAUCAUACCCCGCACCGUUCACAAAACAUCACGUAAUACAGACCACGUCACUUUUAUCCGUCGAACGAUACAUAUAAGCAUACAUAUAUAUUUAUAUAUAGAUACACACACACACACACACACACCACACACACACACACACACACACACACAUACAAGAUAUACACACGUAAGAUAUAUAUAAAUACUUAAGACAUAUACACAUACACAACCAGAAGACAGGAAAUGGAACACCAGCAUCACGAAGGAAAUACUAGUGAAAGACAGACCAACUCUAGUGAUAAUCAGACUACUUUCAACGAAAUAAAGACCAUUUCCAGCGAAAGACAAAAUGCUUCGAGUGAAAGAAAGAUUACUGUUAGUGAAAUACAGACCAGUUUCUGUGAAAUACAGACCAAUUCCAGUGAAACAGCGCAAAGUCCAAGAUGGCUUAAAUGGUUUAUUCUUGUUAUUUCUUAUAUCAUCAACGUCAUCGUAACAGGAAUAGUGUUUUCUUUUGGCGUUCUUUAUGUGAAACUUUUAGAUGAAUUCAAGCAGGGCAAAGCCCGUACGGCAGCCGUCGGUUCAAUAUCCAUUGGAUUACUUUUUGGUGUUGGUCCAUUUGCAGGCCUUCUGGUCAAGAGGCUCCACUCACGUCCAGUUGCAAUAUUUGGCUCAGUUAUAUCAGUCAUAGGCUUAUUUACAAGUUCCUAUGCCAACACUCUCCCACAACUCUACGUGCUGUAUAGUGUAUUAGCAGGAAUUGGUUUCGGUUGCUUGAAUCUGACGGCCAUUCUAUGUGUGACGGAACAUUUCCAGGAAAAGCAAGGUCUUGCCUGUGCAAUAUCAUCGAGUGGUUGUGGAGUGGGAAAUAUCAUAUUUCCUAUUAUAAUCAGCGAGCUGAUAGCUUCGGUUGGCUGGCGACCAUCAAUGCAGUUCCUUUCUGGUAUUCAACUAGUUACUGGUCUUUGUUCACUUUUGAUGUUCCCCAAAAGAAAUAAAUUCUUUCCUUGUUGCCAAUUUCGGAAUAAGUCGACUAAAAGAAGAUCAAUCUCGUUUAAUGUCAAUAUUUACCCUAAUAUUUCGGCAGUUCUGAAAGAUUUAUGGCUGGAUGGUUUGAUCGAUAUGAAAUCAAGUUUUUACAGUAAAACGAAACGAGACUCUAGCGUAAAUUACAUUCAGUUUCAUUCCUCAUCAAUAAAUGUUAUUAAAGACUCAGGAGAUUUUCAAACAGGAACGAAGAGACACAUGUGUACUGAUGAGCAAUAUUCCAGUACACAAUCUAAUUCUAUCUCAACUGUUGAUAGAUAUUCUUUAGAAUAUCACCAAAACUUUUGUGCAAACGUCAUGGAAGGAAAUCAUUUGGUGGAAAAAUCUUCAAAAAAUGGAGAGCAAAGUUUUACGGGAAAGAUUCAUAGAUGUUGGAACUGUAUAAAAAAUUAUCUCCGUGAUAUUAAUAUCUUCAAAAAUACAAAAUAUCUAGUGCUUUUCUGCUCCUGUUUGCUGUCAGCUACUGGCGCUGGAGUUCCUGUUAUUAUCAUAUCGGACUAUGCUGAGUCAUUUGGUACAACCACAAAGAAAGCCGCCAUUUUAGUGUCUGUAAUCGGAGUCACUGGAUUUGUCGGUCGUCUACUAGCUGGAGCAGCGUCGUGUUAUUCAAAAUUGAACAUCUUAAUGCUCUACACCGUGGCCAUGUUACUGAGCGGCGUGUCAACUCUUCUUAUUCCAUUGCUGCAACGCUUCUGGUUCUGCAUGCUAUUCUCUGCCUUUUUUGGACUUUUCUAUGGAAUAACAGCUGGAUUAGACCCGUCCAUAUUGGCUUAUAUUGCAGGCAAAGAUAAUAUAGCUGUAUCGUUCGGGUUUUUCACACUGGCACUUGGAGUCGGUAGCACUGCCAGUGCUUCUCUUGCAGGUUUGUUACGAGACCUGACUGGACACUAUAGGGGUUCAUUUUAUUUGGCUGGAGUAUUUUUGUGCGUUUCAGCCUUGUGUGUAUUGCCAUUGGCGAUAUUGUCGCGACUAAGACAACGAGAGCUGAAAGAUGUCCCUCCAUGUAGCUGUAUCAUGUUAACAAGAUAUCACGUAAUACACUGACACAUGUAGAACUAUAAACAUAAGGCAAUUAUAAAUAUGAACAUUUGCAUUUAAUUGAACAUUAUUUCUUACAUUCGGACAAUUACAUACAUUUCACAUCGUCGAUAUUGAAAGAUGAAAGACGUAUACAAUCCAAGCGGGAUUUGGAUCCGUAAAACUAAUAAAAUAUUUUAUCUUAUCAAAUUUCA